GAUGCUAAAUUUCCGGUGUAGACACUGGCGGUAAGGUGCAUUCGCUCAAGAUCACAGCUUCAUCAACAUUUUUAUCAUCCUUCUACACAUUCCCAAGACGACAUUCAUCAGUUAUGCUGCAAAAAUGAACACCCGUUAAAGACAUGUCAUAGACCAAGAAGAAAACCAUGCUGCAAAGGUUGCCAAGGAACCAUGCUACACAAUGGUGCCUAGUGACGAGGAGCUGAAUGAGCAGGAUUCUGAUCAGGAUCUCGAUUACGACGAUUAUGCUCCGCUAGUCGUGGACACCUCCAGGCAAACAGAAGACAUUGAUGAUCAAGAUGAUUUGAUAACCAGUAAUAAUAUUCAGGAGUCACCAUCAGAAGCCAGCAGCUAUACAUCACAGACAGUGUUAGCCGGGAGUGCCACCACAUUACUGAAAAAUACAGAGGACGGAACAAACUUCAAUCCCACUGGCUUUGUGUUCACUUCACCAUCCUUAAACAACCAGGAUCAACUGAGUAAUUGUUCCUCAGAACAAGACCAGUUGUUCAUCGAUAGUGGGGAACCCAACCCUGUGUCAAACCAGUCUUCUCGAACUCCCUCCAUUUCUAGUCUCUCUGAUCAACUUAGUCCAGGUGGACUCAGCUCAAAUAUAUCUGCAUCCAAAGUUCAUCGCCGAGGAAAAAAGACCCCGUCUAAUCAAGCAGAAAAAGAGCCUGAUGUAAAUGUAGAGUGUGAGGAGUCAGAUUCUAAGAUUUUACCCAUUACUAAUGCAGAGGGUGAGGAUGCAAAGUACGCCUGUCCUAUAUGUAAAACCAUUGUUGCCUCGUCUCACGAGUUAACUGUACACAUCAGGUCGCACAACACCCACAACAACUCAUCGCAGGCCAAUACCUGCACCAUCUGUGGAAAAGUGCUUAGUUCUCAGAGUUCACUCGAUCGGCACAUGCUCGUACAUUCAGGAGAAAGACCAUUUAAGUGUAAAAUCUGUAAAAUGUCAUUUACAACGAAUGGAAAUAUGCAUCGCCAUUCACGCAUUCAUGCCAAAGAAAAUGAUCUCAGUGGAUCGUCAGGAAUUAAACCCAUCCGUCCAAAGCCCAAGACUCCCACCUGGAAAUCUCGACCCGUGAUGCCAAACACCAGCACCCCUGCAACAUCACUGGUCAUCCCCCCAGGGACCUCUCUGCUGUCUGCUGAACUUCUCAACAAUAUGCCAAAAUUAUCCAUACUGGAGGCCAAACCAGUGACACAAGUUUUGACUCCGAGUGAACCAGUUUCGGCCGGUCAGAAGAGAGCAUACAACUUCAUAGAGUAUUCUCCCCAGUUGUCCAGUCCUGCAAAGAAAAUCAGCGUAGCACCUGUGUCAUCCAAUCAGGUUGUUAUCGAAAAAACCCCAAUCCUAGUCACACAAGCAUCAGUUCCAACCAGUAUUACCAAAAAACCAAAGGACUCCCGCACGGAAAUCAAAACCUUCACCAACUCCGCCCACCAUGACAGGAAAGGUCCCUCGGAGUCUGGAAACGGAGAGGAAAAGGAAGGAGACCAGCUUCAUUGCCCAGUCUGUAACAAGGGUUUCCUGUGUAAAUAUGGAUUAGAGACCCACCUUGACACCCAUCCGGAGUAUUCUAUGAAAUGUGGAAUAUGUCACAUGUCGUUUCCCACCCCACGGGGGCUGAACAUGCACAAAUUGAUGGUGCACAGUAAGGAGAAACCUCUGGAAGAUACUGAAAACAAGCUAGAAGUGAAGACCUCUCCACCAGCAGUUGUUGGAUUUUAUGAUCUUGGCUUUAUGGACUUCUCUGUCAAAAAGUUUCCUUUGGUUGCUAAGUCUUACUGUGAAGAAAACGUGAGAUUAUCCAGCAGUAUUUACCACAAUUAUCAUUGUAGCGAGUGUGCUAAAGCCUUCCCAUCCCGGGCUUCUCUUCUUCUACAUGAGUACACACACAGCCCAGAAAAAACCUCACAAUGCCCACUGUGUGAAUGUGACUUUCUGGAUACCAAUGAACUUCACCUUCACAUGGUCAAACAUCUCUCUGACAAAGCUUUCAAUGAUGUUAUGCAAAAGACCAAGUCCGAAAAAGUCCUGAAAUCACCAAAACCUGAUAAAAUUGGAAAACACGAUUUCCUUGCAUCUUUUGGUCUGACCACUGUCAGUGAAGCUGAACUUCUGCAGAAAAGAGAAAAGGAAUUGAAAUUAGAAUCAAAUUCAAGUAUGGAUAAGAAAGAAAACAACGACUAUUUUGCGAGGCUUGGCCAAGUUUUCUCUUCUGAUAUUGCUCCUGUUAAUUCCCUUAUUGCCGCCAAAUUUGCCCAACUGUCUCCCGAAGAGCAGGCUAAGGCUUACAUCGAAGCCCAGAAAUUUGUCCAGGCAGCCAUGGCCAUGCCUCAGAUUUUCCAAGGCAUGGAACAAAUGUCUGGUCUUAGUGCAUCACAGCUGAAGGCCUUUAUGCCCUCUCUAUUUCCCCUGGGUGUAUCUAAAUCCAACAGUGCUGUGUCUCUGAGCCAGCUGACCACUCUGGCAGCCAUGACCAGUCCAUCCAUGCUGUCCACUAUGAUGGGGGGACAGAACCUGUCCAGUCCUCUUCCUACUCCACCUCCCAGCAGUGAGAGUGGCUCCUCUGGAGAAAUGUCGGACAAGUACCCUAACAAGAAUGGUGUAUUCCAAUGCAAAUACUGCGAUCUUGUGUUCACAAAUUAUAGAACCAUGAAAGGUCACACUCGCACUCAUCUUGGUCUGUCUCCAUAUAAAUGUAACCUAUGUAAUUACUCCAGUGCUGAUAAGAGCACGCUAAUUCGUCAUCUCCGAACUCACAAUGGAGAGCGGCCAUUCCAGUGCAGGAUCUGUGAUUUUGCCUUCACCACUAAGGCAAACUGUGAGAGGCAUGUCAAAAAGAAGCAUGGCAAGUAUAUGAAAGAGGAAGUGGAUUCUGCCAUAGGAUACAAUAAGUAUGUAGCGGAGUCCUCCAGCACAGCGGAGAAUUUCCAGUCCCCUGACACCGUGUGUAAAUACUGCGGAGAAGACUUCAAGUUUUUCCGUGCCCUGAAGCACCACCUGCGAUCGCACAGCAGCUGUCCGCAGAAACCAUUCCUAUGUAUGCGCUGCGACAUUGGCUUCUCCACCAAGGCUAACUGUGUCAGACAUCUUCAGAAGCAGCAUCCUGAGGUGUCGCAGUACCAGAUCGAGCAGUUCAUCCAUGUCAAUGAACCCUCGCUCCUGGAAGAUGGAGAGAAAUCAUUUGGGGAGGGGUUGUCUGAUGACAGUCAGAUGGCCGACACAAUGGACUCUUAUGGUGGAAUUCCACCAGCUGCACACUCCUCCACCAAGUCUCUCCUGGCAACAGAGAGCCGUACUCAGUCACCUGUAACAGGUGGGAAACCUGAAGCUAUGACAAUCAAGCAGGAACCAAUGGACACAGAAGACUUGCCUCUUGAUUUCAGCGUAAACAAGAGUUCAACAUCAAUGCCCGAUAUCAAACCCAAAGUGGACGAGUUACCGAUAGAUUUGUCAGUGAAAGGAAGGGACGGCUCUGAAUCUCCCUCACCGGUAUGUUCAUCUAAUUCCCGCUCUGUUGUAUAUGACACCAAUGUGUACCAGUGCCAGUUCUGUCCCCUGGGAAUCUCCAGUCAGAAAAUGUUGGAGCGCCACUUGUUGCAGGACCACCGCCAUUUACUGGAGAGAAUGGAGCAGCAGGCCCUGAAGGAUGUUACGUCACCGGAACUGCCAGCAUCCAAACUCUCUGCAAGUCAGGGCAGUGAGAACAGGGUAAAAAUCCUGAUGCGGCUUCCCAAGACUGUCAACAAUGCUAGGAGUCUAAAGGAUAGGAUUACCAAACCUGACUCCAAACUUAAUCAUGGUUUAGAUUCCGCCUCGGAUCUUGCCUCAGUCAAAAGAAUUUUGGAUGCUGCCAUUCAACCAUUUAGAUCAUUCCCCAUUGAUAGCUCUAACCUUUCUGGCAAGUCUGGCGAGGACUCCAUGGAUUAUUCUAUGGAUGAAGAAGGAAAAAGUAAAGAUCUUGAGGAACCUCCUGUUCUUAGUCCUAGGAACAAGGGGGACAACUCCAGCAUGCAAAGCGAUCAGGACAUGCCCGAGAUCGCUGAAAGCCCAGAGCAGUUUGCUAAAAUGUUCAUUAAUACACCAAAGAUACCAAAGACCGUAAUGGAACCUGCAGACAAACUACUGGUAAAGAAGAAGAGAAACUCUUAUGCUGAUUCUCCGCACAAGCUGCAGUGUCCUUACUGCACCAGGACCUUUCCCUGGGUCAGUUCUCUGACCCGUCACCUCUUGACCCACACUGGACAGAAGCCAUUUAAAUGUCCUCGCUGUCCAGUCACAUUCUCCACCAAGUCUAACCGUGAACGUCACCUCAUCAGGAAACAUGGAGUUAACAUGAUGGACCCUCUGUCUCGACAAACCAUGGAUCGUCCCUACAAGUGUCACCUCUGUGUGUUCAGCUCAUUCUCAACUCAAGGUAACUUGUUGAAGCAUUACAAAGAAAGACACGUUGGCUGUGAUUUACCUGACACCUUGGCCGACUUGGACCGAGCAGUCACUAAGGGCCUCAGCACCACAAUUCCCCCCCACGAGCGAGGCAUGUACAGUAUUGAGAGUUACAACCUGGACAAUCAGCUCAAUAGUCAGGAUGAGCAGUCCUGUCUAAAGGUUUCUGACACUCCAACUGCCAUCACCACAUUUAUAGUUCCUGACGAUCUGAAAUCAGAUGAUGAUGACGACGAUGAUGACAUCAUUCCGCUGAGCAUUGACAACUCCAUAGAGGAGUCUUCCCCCAAACCGACACCUGUCGUAGAAUUUACAGGAUCCGGAGAACGCCAGAUCAAUCCGGAGAGAGACAACUACAAUGUGGACAAGAUCACCAGCUGCUGGAAGUGCAGCGAGAAGUUCGUCUCUCGUAAGCUGUUAGUGCGUCACUUGAAGGAGCACAAUAUUGAUCUCCCUUUUAAGUGCUACCUGUGUGAUGCUUCGUUCGAGACGCGCAAGUCGUGCCUGGACCAUCAGGAGAGUGCCCACUCGUCCGACUGGAAGAUCCUGAAGGAGAAGAACAAGGUGGAUAAUGUCGACAAGUUUGCUAAACAUAUGGACAAGGUGGUGGAGAAUAAUUGUAACAAAGUGGACCAGGGGGCAGUUCUAGAGAUCCCGGGCCAGAAUGCAGACGACCCGAAAAUGGAGGUGGUAUCUGCUGACUACAUGCAGCGUAAAGUCUACUGCUCACUCUGUCCCAAGCGUUUCUGGUCCUUGCAGGAUCUCCGGCGCCACAUGAGGUCCCACACAGGAGAGAGGCCGUUUGAGUGUGAUAUCUGCCACAAGCGUUUCACCCUGAAGCACAGCAUGAUGCGACAUCGCAAGAAGCACCUGGACUCCGGUUCACUGAGCCCAAGUGACGAUGAAGAUAACAACAACAAUCAUGAUGAACCAGGCGUGAGCAAACUGGUUACGCACCAUCGACCAAUAUUACCCAGAAUGCCCACUGCUAUUCCAGUCAUUCCUGUGACUGUCAUGACCGAAUCUCCGAAAGUCGUCCAGGAGAAUCGCCCCCAAUUCAUCACGGUUACUUCCUCCGCAACGCCACAGCGAACCAAAACCACCACCAUCACCAUGGAGUCCGAUAGCAAGGACAACAGUGCCGACAUCCUCCACAACUUGCUGGGGGUCGAUGUGGGAUCCAUUGACCAGAUGCUGGAUUCUGCUGACAACGCCGCCAAAUUAUUGGGCGUUUGAAGAUCGGUGUGGAAAUAGAGAAUGUGUAGAGUGUGCUGCAGUUGUACAGUGUAUACAACUUGGAUUUUUAAUUGUUGGAUUAAUGAUUAAUUUACAUGAAAACUGCUAAUGAAUGAAUGUCUCUCAGUAGAAUGAAAUUCUAGCAUUGAACUCGCAUUUUGCCAAAAUUGGAUGCUAUCAUGCUUGUAAAAUACAGAGUGUGUAUGAUUUUAUAGUACAGUAUUCAGAAAGAUGAGAACCCCCUGCGUGUGAAACUAAGAAUAUAAACUGAUGGGAUUUUAUGAUAAAAUUUUUACUUGUGUGUUUGUCAGAGUCUUUGUGAAUUCAAAUGUUAACCAGUGGAAUCACUGGGAUAGUAUCCAAGCACCACUUAGUCAUGUUUUCCAUUUGUUUUACAGGAACCAUGUUUCAGGGAUACGAUAUGUGAAACAUUCCAAACUAUUAUUUUGUUGAUUUUGCACUGUGUUCAUUUUUAUUUCAUACAAUGUAGGAGAAAAUUGGAAUGAUUUGUCCAUAGGGAAGAAAGGUACACCAAUUGUAUGGAUGUGAAUUCCCAAAGAAGAGGACCAAAGGCACAUUGAAUUGUACAUAUAUUUAUAUACAUUCCAAUAUCGUAAUAUGUGUAUAUAUUACUUCCUGUUUUUAUAUGAUUGCUCUGAGAGGAAUUAUUUUGUCUAGUUUGAUUGUUGACAAUCCACCUUUUUUUUAGGAGGUAUAUAAGAUGGCACCCCACCCCCACUGCAAGUGUUUCUGCGCGUUUUUGUGAGUCUUAAAAGUACGAGUGCAAAGAAAACACCUAGUCUCUUGGCAGAUCUGUUGUUUUAGUCAGAAUAUUUAUUUAUUGUUACGAUUUCUUUUUAUGUUGAAUUUUGUACAUUAUUUUGUAUAAAUGGAUGUUUACGGUGACCACUUUCAAUCUCCUUUUUUUUGAAAACCAUGCAUUCCUUUGUUCAUAAUGUUAGUUUUCUAUCAUUCCAACUAUUCUGCUCAUGCAAGAUUCAUUGCAUUAAAUCGUCUAACUUCCAUAUUUAUUUGAUACAAGAUGACAAUAUUGAAGAAUUGUUUUAGUUUGGUGUAGGGUCAAUAACUCUAGUAUUCAUUAGAGUCUCCUGUUAGUGUUGUAGGACAUGGAUAUAAGAGUAGUCUCAAAGCAAUGUUUCAAAUCAAAUCCUCGAAAACUGUCUCUCUUCUUCUAUUUUAAUUCUGCUAUUGCGUGAUCGUUUUAAGACUGGAUAAAGGAUUUUGAUAGCCUCACCAUUUGUAUGGAGUUUCAAGUCACAAAUAUUUUUUUAGGAACUUGUGUGUAUUUUUUUAAAAUUUUGUUUGCUGGUGUUGAACAGCAUUAAUAUGGAAUGAAAUUCAUUAAACCAUUUAUGUAGAAAAAAA